ACCCUGUUUCAAUUAAUGCAGCAGAAUUAUUCAAACUCAAAAUCCAAGAAAGCCAAGUCUACUGUGAUAUUUUCUAUAAUGAUUUUAGAACACCUCCAGCAUUUUUCUUUUUUCUAUUGAAUAUAAACAGUAAAACAUUGGUGUAGAAAACAAUUUUGUAAUCUAUACAUUUAAAUGCGUUUUCAUGCUUUAAGAAGUUUGCUUCUGAAUAGAAACUCAACAGUUCUGUGAAGCAGAAGAUCAGAAUAUGUGCUUUAAACUUGUUCUGGUAAUAAAAUCCUGACAGUUGAUUCAACAUUUAACCGUCAUUUUGCUUAUUAUUCUGGCAUGUUGAAAAUGUAGAUAUCGAAAACGGCCUCUAAACCACAAAAUCAAUAUUUGCUUACAUCUAUGGCUUUUUCUUCAAAGCUGAAGAGCCACAAUAGAGGGAUAAAAGAGCCACAUGGCUCUGGAGCUUCAGGUUGCAGACCUCUGGUACAGCAUACGUGUGUAUUUCUUUAUCUUCUUUUACCUUUAUUUUAUUUUUCAAUAAUUUAAUGACUAACUAUCCAGAGUUUGAUGUGGUUAGAUAUAUUAUUUUUUGUUUUUCUUUAGGUUUUUCAUUUUGUUUUUACUGUUUGACAUAGUCCAAUUUGAAUUCCAAACAAAAUUUUAUUUUAAAAUUCUCUGUAUAAAAUAACUUUUAAACAAUGCCAUAUAUAUUGAAAAUCCAACUAGUGGUCUAAAUAAAAAUUGAAAUUAGGAAAUGACUCAUUUCAGAGCAGAAGUGACCUUUUUCUGCCCUUGGGGGAGGAGGUCAGGGCUUUCUGCAGAUCAAGAACCUCUGCUCAAGUGGAACAAAACAUUGAAACACUGAAAGCUGCUCCUUUCGGCUGAUUAUUCACGUUCUGAAUCCCGACUGCUUAGUUAGUUGAUCGUGUCUCACAUGCUCCUCUACCCGAUUUAGAUUACCGAUGCUUGUGUACAUUUCCAGGGGGGGUCCUUUGUUUCAGACCUUCCCCCUCUAUUCAUUUACUCUGACAUGUUGACUUUCUGCUGCAGCUGCACGUCAACAAUAGAAUCCUGCAGCUGAUUACUUGUUGUACUAAUUGUUAAACACGAGGACAAAGACGCUGCUUUAGACUUUGACAUCACAAUUAAAGAUAUCCAUCAAUUUCUGCUGUACAUCUCUGUGCUUCUGUGUAAAGAGCUCCUGUGUUUAAAAAGCUUUACCUACAGCGAGCUGACGGCAAACCGCCAUGGCCGCUCUGCAGACUCUUGCUCUCCUCUCUGUCAUUGGCAUUUCCGGCAGCCAGACUUCAGAAUGCUCGUACUUCAAUCUGAUGAGCCACUUGAACCUGACCUCCUCAAACGAAGCUCUGCAGGUCACUCGACCUGUAAAAAGCUGGAACACCACCACCCUCGUCCAGCUGGACAUGGUGCUGUUCGGGAUUUUAGGGGUGGAUGAGAAGUCCCAAACGGUCGCACUUCAAGUCCUGAUCCGAAUGAGUUGGAGAAACGAAUUACUGAGCUGGAAUCCCUCUGAGUUCUGUGGAAUUGACAUUUUGAAUAUUCCAAGGUCGAUGGUCUGGAUCCCAGAUAUCGCCAUCAAAGAGGAUGCUUCUGACACUGGGAGUGUUCAGGAAGAUCCUUUCCUCAAACUGGAUCCCAGUGGAUUACUGAGUGGGACCUCCCGGCAGCAGCUCACCUACACCUGCCAGCUGGACCUCUUCAGAUUCCCCUUUGAUCAGCAGAGCUGCAGCUUGGAGUUUUACUCCUUGAGCCACAACAGCAGAUCUCUAAAGCUGGCGACCACUGGAAACGGGACCGCUUUCACAAUUGUAUCUAAAAAGAUCAAAACGACUGAGGGGGAGUGGACACUGGUGGAGCUGCAGGUUACAGAAGAUGCAGCAUCCACACUUCAGCGGGUGGGAAGCAGCCUUCAGUACACGGUGGUGCUGAAGAGGAGGCCCUUUCUCUACAUCAUCAACCUGAUUUUGCCGCUGAUGUUCCUGCUCUUCCUGGAUUUGGCUUCCUUCUUCAUCAGUGAGUCCAAGCUGAGCUUCAAAGUGACGGUGCUGCUGUCCGUCUUCGUCUUACUCCUCAACCUUCAGACCAUUUUGCCGUCCACUGAAGAACACAUGCCGAUGCUGGCCAUCUACUGCGUUUCCGUCUUCACGCUGGUGUUCUUCGGUGUCCUGGAAGCCGUGCUGGUGAGCUUCCUGAUAGAGAUGGAUGAUUCUCUCCGUGAGGAGGCGAAAGGGGCUGUGAGAGCUGAAGUGGACAAUCAGCCCAAAGCCCAACGUCCCACAGCAGAACCCACUGAAGAGACGGAUGAAACAGAGGAGAACCAACCUGACGACCAGAACCUGCUGAAACUCAUCUUGGACAAAGUCCAACUGACUCUGCUAGAAGUUCUGCGUGAAAGACAAGACAAAAGGAAGCCCGGCUGCUUCCGAAAGCUGGCCAAACUCAUCGAUGUCGUGUUCUUUGCCAUUUAUCUGACAACCAUCAUCAUUUCUCUGAUUGUCCUGUUUGUAAUCUGGAUAGGGAAAUGACCUCUGACCUGGUCCUGAUGCUGGUCCUCCAGCAGCUGAAGCUUCAGCUGAUUCUCUGUCCUGCUGAAGACAGACUGACUUCAUGAAAACCAACUGAAAGAUGUUUGUCUGCAGCUUGGAUGGAGCUGCUGAGCCCCAGAAGGGACGGAAAAAACAAAUUCAAGAAUCUGAUCAAGAAGAAGCAGAAAUAAAAACAUUAACAUUUGAAAACUUUACUCAUUGAAUAAUGAAACACCAAGUUUAAUGAUAUUAUGAAACAAAACAUGCAGAUCCAUCUCUGAUUUAAAUAAAUCCACUUUGACCGGAGGAGGCCUUUGAAGUUGAUCAUCAGUGAUCAAACCGUCGUGUCCGUCUUUGAGACUAAAGACAGAUCAGAUGUUAGCGUUGAAACCUUUUCUGGAUCAAAAACUGUUUUCUCUGGAGAAGAAACCAGACAAUUAUGAAUAUUUAUAGUUCGACCUCAUUAAAAAGGGUCGAUUAUU